GCGCCCCGGCCGCUGGGCGCCGCCCUCGGACGAGGCCGCGGAGACGAGGCCGACAGGGGCGGUCGGCUUCACAGAAGCGUGCGGCCGCGCCGCCUGGCCGCAGCUCCGCCCAGGGCCGCCCCCUGGCGAGGCGGCCGCAGGCGCCUGCGGCCCCGCUGCGCCAGCAGCGCCCGUGGGCGCCCCGCAGGAGCCCGUCCAGAAGCACCCGCUGGGGUCCGCCGAGAGCCUUGAGAUCGCCCCGUCGCGGCAGGAGUGCAGCACCCAGACGCCCACGGACGUCGACGCCGACAGCCGGUUCAGCUGGACCGCCAGCCACACGGACUGGGCGUCUCAGUACGGUGGGCCGCUCCGGAGCUGCCGAGGGCCGCGGGGCAGUCGCAGAGUUCCAUCAGCCGCCCGCAGCGGUUUACGGAUGACGGAAGUUGUGCCGCCCGCGCGGUGGAUUUUCCCUUGUGAGCGUGAGGCACACGUUCUCGUUUCGUGUUUUUGGAAUCGCUUCGCUCUCUCUGCCGGCCCAUACUGCCUCACCGGAUGUCGUUUGUCGGGGUGUUGUUGUCGAUGCGGAGCCGUUGGGCGGCUGGACUCCUCCUGGAGCGUUUUGGGCUCUUGGAGGCCUUCUGGGCUGUUUUUUGGCGAUGUUGUGAGCCUCCUCGGCAGUCUUCGAGCUCCGGGAAACCGAG